AUGACUCUCGGUCAGGUGCCUGUAAAAGUGAUGUGCAAUGUUAUGGAUGGCUUCAGCCUUCACAUGGAGGAUGUUGAUGGCGUUGGUGUCCCGAAGAUAUCCAUGGCGAUCUCUGUGAAGAUGAGCUUCCCCAUUAACGAUCUUCUCAAGAUGUUGGCCUUAUGGCAGGAACGUGAGGUGGACGAGGAGGGCCGCACACGGCGUGCGCAGGAGGCGUGUAAGGCAGCCGAGGUCCCGGGUCCUCUCCGCAACUCUCCAAAUUAUGCCAAUUACAAGGCGGAGAACAGCUGGGAACAAAUCUCAUCCUCUCCCUUUCCGAAGGUCGUCUUGCGCGAUGAGAUCAAGCUGAGGGCGAAGAACUUUGCCGCACUACCCGUUCCGGAGCAGGGGCAUAUGAGCUACGCGCAGUUCAGGGCUCGGAGAUCUCAGGCCGGCACAGCCGGCACUGCGACCAGCUCUUUAAAUACGGCCAGUGAGGCCCCCGAUUCUGGGCAGAGGCCCGAAGUUCCGAACCCGAAAGCACCACAAGGCUGGACAAGUCCAAGCUGGCUAGCAGCUGUCCAACACAAAGCAUCCUCGGCCUGGGAGUCUUUUACUACACAGUAG